AUGGCAACAGUCGAAGAAAGGAACAAAGAGGUGAUUGCCAAAUACUUCACAGAGUACUGGGGAAAGCUGAACCCGGAUAUCGUCGACGAGGUUUGUGCGGACGAGGUAUUCCAAUCAUACCCAAUGCAUGCAAACCCGAAGAAAGGCAAAGCUGCUGUUAAGCAAGCUAUGGUGGAUUUCAAGGCCGCAUUCCCGAACCUUGGCUUCAAGACCUAUGGUCCUUACCCGCUCAUCGCCGAGGGCGACUAUGUGUUUGGUCGCUGGAUCGGUGGAGGCACACACACCGGCGCGCCUUAUGAUGACUUCUCCGUAGGCGCCCUCACCAAGGCCAACUCGGGCAAGCAGAUGUGGUUUUCAGGCAUGACCAUUUUCACCAUGAAGGAUGGGAAGAUCGUCAAAGAGAUCGGAGAAGAAGGCGGUCUCACUGCGUUGCAACAGCUGGGCCUUAUCGAGCCACCGAAGAAGGGUAGAGAGAUGUUCUAUGACGUUGAAAACAUGUAG